AUGAGCUCGUUCAAACGUGAUAAGAAAGAAGAAGAAGAUACGGGCGGAAACCCAUAUCAAAAUCUCGACAAAACAAUCAUUUUACAAGAGGCGCGUUACUUUAACGAAACUCCUGUUAAUCCACGAAAAUGUUCCCAUAUCUUGUCGAAAAUUCUUUAUUUACUCAAUCAAGGGGAAAAAUUAACCACCCAAGAGGCAACAGAUGCGUUUUUCGCAACUACAAAGCUUUUUCAAUCGAAAGAUGUAAUGUUAAGACGUAUGGUGUAUCUUUGCAUAAAAGAGCUGAGUAAGUUAGCCCAGGAUGUGAUCAUCGUAACAUCGUCGCUAACAAAAGAUAUGACUGGGAAGGAGGACUUGUAUCGCGCAGCUGCAAUUCGAGCACUCUGCAGUAUUACUGAUAGUACAAUGCUUCAGGCAAUUGAACGGUACAUGAAACAGGCAAUUGUUGAUAAGAAUCCAGCUGUUAGUUCUGCAGCGUUAGUCUCUGCACUACACCUCUCUUCUACAGCUCCAGAUUUAGUAAAACGCUGGGCUAAUGAAGCACAGGAGGGAAUCAACUCUGACAAUGCUAUGGUAUCCUACCAUGCUCUUGGACUUGUAGCAGCAACUCGAAGAAAUGACAAGUUAUCUACUGUCAAGCUCGUUACUCGUUUGGCUAAGUCUCCCAUUAAAUCCCCCUAUGCACUUUGUCUUCUUAUAAGACUGGCUGCCCAACUUGUAGAAGAAGAUGAUUCUGAUGCUUCACAACCAUACAUGGAGUUUAUUGAAUGCUGCCUUCGUCAUAAAUAUGAAAUGGUAAACUAUGAAGCAGCUCAUGCUAUUGUUAACUUAAGAAAAACUGACAGAGACUUAGCACCAGCUGUAUCUGUAUUACAAUUAUUCUGUGGUUCUUCAAAGGCAUCAUUGCGUUUAGCUGGGGCUAGAACUCUAGCAAGACUAACUGCAAAACAUCCUACAGCUGUAGCUGCUUGCACAGUGGAUUUAGAAAAUCUUAUUUCAGAUCCAAACAGAUCUGUGGCUACAUUAGCUGUAACCACUCUUCUUGCUACAGGUGCUGAAAGUUCCAUUGAUAGGCUUAUGAAGCAGAUAUCCUCUUUUGUUUCUGAAAUAUCAGAUGAAUUCAAAAUUGUGGUUGUCAAAGCCAUUCGACGAUUAUGCACAAAGUUCCCACGUAAACAUCAAUCAUUGGCUGCCUUUCUUGCUGGUAUGCUUAGAGAUGAAGGUGGCCUUGAGUACAAAGCAGCAAUAGCUGAUGCCAUUAUAGCCCUUGUAGAAGAAAACCCUGAUGCUAAGGAGACGGGACUGGCACACCUGUGCGAAUUUAUUGAGGAUUGUGAACACACUACUUUGGCUGUUCGAAUCUUACACUUAUUAGGCCGUGAAGGACCUAAAUCGCGUCAGCCUUCUCGCUAUAUACGAUUCAUAUAUAAUAGGGUUAUUCUUGAGUCUGGGCCUGUUCGAGCUGCAGCUGUUUCUGCAGUGGCUCAGUUUGGAGCUCAAAGACCGGAGCUGUUGCCAAACAUCAAAGUAUUGUUAUCAAGAUGCGAAUUGGAUGACGAAGAUGAAGUUCGCGAUAGGGCGAUUCUUUACAACGCUAUUUUGGAAACUGGUGAUCCAAAUUUGAUCAAUGAUUACAUUGUAAAUAUUCACAAACCAAAUCCAGUGCUGCUGGAACGCGCUCUUCGUGACCAUAUCGAGGCCAAAUUAGAGGAACCGUUCGAUAUAAUGGCAAUACCAACUGAAGAAGAGAAACAAACUAAAGAAGACAUUGUCGAAGUUGAGGUUAGAAAGCCCGUUCAGGUCUCUAUUGAAGAGAUCUACGCAGAACAGUUGGCGAAGAUUCCUGGAAUUGAAAGACUUGGCCCACUAUUCAAAACUGUCCCGCAUUUUGAUUUGACUGAAGCAGAAACAGAGUACAGAGUACGCUUACUCAAGCACAUUUACGCCCGACAUGUUGUAUUACAAUUUGAAUGCACAAACACUUUGAAUGACCAAAUUUUGGAACAGGUUCAUGUUCGGUUGGAACCACCUCAGGAUUAUGAGAUAAAAACAAUUGUUCCCUGUCAGAAAUUGGUGUACGAUAAACCAGACAGCGUUUACCUCGUUUUGGAAUAUCCAUCAGCGUACUUUGAUAGCUUGGGGACAUUUGGAGCCACUUUGGAGUUUGUUGUUCGUGAUUAUGAUCCAAACACUGGUGUUGCUGAUGCAGGAGAUGGUUACGCUGAUUCCUAUCCUUUGGAAGAAUUUGAGAUGGGUUGUUCAGACCAAUUACGAGCAAAAGCGGGUAUAGAUGAUUGGGAACAGGCUUGGGAGAGAGCAGAGAGAGCGUCUGAAGCGACCGACACCUUCGUUCUACCGCAACAUGAUAUUAACGAAGCUGCUAAAGCAGUUUGUGACCAUCUUGGGUUACCCAAGAACGCGAUUAGUGGUGAUGCAGUUAAGGAAAUUCGAGGUGGGGGUAUAUUUAGAGGAGGUGCUCCAGUUUUGGUCAGGGCAAGAAUUGCUUCGAGCAGCGCUGGAGUUACUAUGAAGUUAGUGGCUAGAUCGCCUAGAGAGGACCUGGCGCAGUUAUUGUUAGCUGCCGUGGGAUAA